AUGAAAGAUUUUAAUAAAUUUGUGCUUUUUGCUUUGGGUGGAACUGUUUUAGGUCUUUUGUAUAAAAUGAAUAAAGAAAAGAUUAACAAAAAUCAAUUUGAAUUGAAUCUUCUAAAAAAUUAGAAAAGUGUUUCUGUUUAGCAAUUAAGGUAAAAAUUCUAAAUUUAUAAAGAAAUUCAUUUUCAUUGACAGAUGAUAAUUAAAUAAGUUUAUUUGUUGAAGGAUCAGUAGCAUAAUCAACAGAAAUGUUAAAAAGCACAAAUAACAAAUAUACUGGUGUUUAUAUAAAGAAAUAAAAUUAUGAAAUAGAAACUGUAGAGAAUAAUGGAUGUAGGACUUAGUAAAGAAGAUAUACAAGUGGAACAACAAAUACAACAGAUUCAUUUAUAUUAAAUUCAUUACCUAAAUCAAAUACAAAUAUAUUGAUAAAUAAUUUUUCAGACACAGUAAUAUUGCCAAAAGUUUUAAAACAUUAAAAAACAGAUCAUUUUUUGAUUUCUCCUGAAGUUAGAACAAUAAUGAGAGAGCCUGAAACGUAAGAUAUUUCAUAUUAUUAGAGAUGAAGAGAAAGCAUAGUUUAAAGAAGGGAAAAUAUCAAAGCUUUUAACAACUAUUACAAAAAUCGGAGUUGUUAUUGAAGAAGAUAUUUUAUGUGAAGGAACAUUUAUUUGCAUUUAUGGUAAUGUUAUUUGGGAUAGAGUAUAAAAUACUUUUAAAAUGACAGCUCCUAAAUAUUUUGGUAUAAGUAAAGAUUAAAUUAUUGAAUAUUUUGAAGCUGAUUAAUUCUUCUUAAAAUUGAUUGGAAUUUUAUUAGCUAUUGGUGGAACAGUAUUUAUAAAUUAAUUAAUAGGCCUUUUCUAUCUUUGCUUUAAAAUACUUAUAUAAGUUAUUAUCUAAUUGUGAGAAUGAUCCAAAAGCUAAAGCUAAAGAAUAUAAAAUAACAAAAAAAUGA